AUGAAGCAAAUUGGCCGACAGACCACUCUGGAUGGUUUUUUCCGUCCUCGCAGUCCCAAAGGGAAGAAGUUCCAGCUCCCACCAUCUCUUCCCCUUACUCCCCCUGCACCCGCGUCACCAUCUCCACCCGCUUCACCAUCCCCACCAGCUUCACCAUCUCCACCAGCUUCACCCGAAAGACAAGAACGUGCGGCAUCAUUCAUCAGCAUUUCAUCCGGCGGAAUUGAGCCCGACGGAAUUGAGCCCGACGAAAAUGAGCCCGACGUUCAAGAAUAUACGGGGCCACCGCUCUGCGACGAGCAGCAACGCCUUGUCGACAUCAUCAUGAGCGGCAGAAACGUCUUCUUUACUGGUUCAGCCGGCUGCGGUAAAUCGACCGUCCUCAAGGCUGCCAUUGCUCAGCUCGAAGCUAGCGGUCUCAUCGUCGCCGUUACUGCGCCUACGGGGAGGGCCGCCCUCAAUGUCGAUGGCACCACGUUGUUUUCAUUCAUGGGCUGGUCCCCUAAAACUAACGAACUGGAUUUGGAUAACAUCACCAAUAUGAUGUACGGGAAAUCGAAGAAAUUGACAAGGAAGGCUCUUCAAAAAACCGAUGUUUUAAUUAUCGAUGAGAUCAGUAUGGUGGAAAAUAACUUCCUGUCGCGAAUGGAAGACGUUUUGCGUAACAUCCGAGAUCAAAGACGUUAUUGGGGUGGACUGCAGCUCAUUUUCACGGGAGACUUUUGCCAGCUACCGCCGGUUCUGCCAUUCAAGCAUUGCUGGGUAUGUGGAACAGAGCAAGAUAUACAAGAUGAGGAUCAACCCGUUGACAGGAUAAUCGAAUGUCCCAGAGGCCAUGGGCCUUGGAAUUAUGAGAGGGACAGGUGGGCUUUCAGAAGCCCUGCGUGGGAAGCAGCCAACUUUGAGUACGUCAACCUCAAAGAGAUUCAUCGCCAGAGCGACCGCCCAUUUAUCGAGGCGCUUCAGAAAUGCCGACUUGGCAUCCGUCUUUCCUCACGGGAAUUGAACAUGCUCCUAAACCACGAGUCAGAAGUGGAAAAUGCCACACGACUUGUCCCUACAAGGGCCGAGGCGAAGAAAAUAAACGCAAAGAAGUUGGCGGAGAUCACCGAUCACACAUCAAAGGACUACACAUGCGAGGAUGGUAUCUGGUUUCCCCCAUCGUACGAUGGACCAAAUGAUUACCUGGGAGAGCGCACUAGGGAAAAUACCUUGAAACGGUUCGAUGACCACCGGUUCGACAAAAAAGUCGAGCUCAAACAAACACAGCUCGUCAUGCUCCAGGUCAACCUCAAUCUGAAAAAGGGCCUCGCCAACGGUAGCCAAGGUGUCAUCGUUGGCUGGGACAAGAUUGACAAGGACAACUUACCAACGUACGAGGGGAAGGAUGCCUGUCUCAAAGAAGAACAUGUUGUUCUGUUCACAGAGGAAUAUUUAAGGAAGUUUCCCAACCCAAAAGACCAAGUCUGGCCCGUCGUGCGCUUCAAUAAUGGCUACCGAAAGACUAUCUACCCUGUCUGCGUCGUUAACCACAUGGGCAACCAGUCGCAAGUACUGAUGUACAGAACUCAGAUCCCUCUCAUACCGGGCUGGGCAAUCACUAUACACAAGAGUCAGGGGAUGACUCUUGAUCAAGUCAUUGUCAAGCUGGAUAAGGUUUUUGAGGUGGGGCAGGCGUACGUUGCACUGUCAAGAGCAACGAGUCUAAGGGGACUUCGUAUUGAAGAAGGAAAUAGUCACACUUUGUCUGCCGAAUUGGGUAGAAAUCCGGAGGUUCAUGAAUUUUUGGAACAGAAGUUUGGGAGAGACUUAUAUGCUGACCAUGUGGGCUCAACAAUUUGA